AUGGUGGUGCAGGUUAGUAGGGUGGAUGGUGCAGGCUACUACCACCAAGCCUUUCUUCCCAUCGUCUCUAUCCAAUCCACCGGCUCCAAGCGCCAAAACAAGGCCUUCCGCCGUUGCCCCGCCGCUUCUUCGCCCUUCUCCGCCAUCCCGAUCGCCACCACUCUUCUCCGGCAGCCAACCACUCUCUUUUUCCCCAUAAGGACUUCAUCCUUGAACCUUCUUCUUCAGAUGGGUCGAAGCCCACACCCCAUGUUCUCGCACAACUCACCCAAACCUCCUCCGCCCCAAGAAAGGCAAAUUAUUCAAGAAGCUGAUAGAAUCAGGGGAAUUGUUAACAUCUCUACAGAAGCUGUUGCUACUGGAACAGUUGUACUACUUUCAGCCCUCAUUGUUAUAUUAAUUCAUCCGGUAAUUGUGUCACCGGCUUUUGCUACAUUUCAAAGUGCGGCUACAGCUGGCGCUGCAGCUGCAGCAGGAAGAGGACUCUUCCGUUCCGAAUUACUAACUAGUGCCUGGACCGGUUUCUUUGCCGGUUGCCUACACACGCUAUCAGGGCCCGACCACCUUGCUGCUUUGGCUCCACUCUCUAUUGGGCGCAGUAGAUUGGAGAGUGCCAUAGUAGGAGCUCUGUGGGGCUGCGGUCAUGAUGCCGGACAAGUCAUUUUUGGAUUGCUGUUCCUCCUCCUGAAAGAUCGCCUCCACAUUGAAAUUAUCAGAACAUGGGGCACGAGAGUCGUGGGCUUCACCCUGCUCAUUAUCGGUGCCAUGGGAAUCAGGGAAGCUUCUGAGGUCCCUUCUCCAUGCGUUGCCCUGGAAAAUGGUGAAUGCGAUGUUAGCGUCUACGAAACUCUUGAAAACCCGACAAUUGGGAAGAAAAAAGAGAUCGGAUUUGCAACCUUCGCCACAGGUAUUGUACACGGGCUGCAGCCGGACGCACUGAUGAUGGUCUUGCCCGCGCUGGCGUUGCCUUCUCGCGUGGCUGGGGCUGCAUUUCUCGGCAUGUUCUUGCUUGGAACAGUAGUUGCAAUGGGAACUUACACUGUAUUUAUAGGGUCCUGUAGUGAGGCAUUAAAAGAGAGGGUACCUCGAAUAACUGAGAAGCUCACAUGGGCUUCUUCUCUUGUAGCAAUUGGCCUUGGAUUUGCUAUCAUCAUUAGCCAGUUUUUCGGGUUCAGCCUGUACUAAUUUAAGCUUGGCAUUUCACUAGUUUCACCAGCCUUGAAGAGAUUCUGAAAAGGACCCAUGGAUGGCAGCAGCAAAUUGUAGUGGGUUAUUGUUGCAGCUGCUUCUGAUCAUGUGGAUGAGAAUCGUCUUUUUCUUGCUUAUUACAUAUGCACGCCUUGGACAUUUGUAAUUUUAUUCAGGGAUGUAGGGUGUUUGUAAUCUUAGGCUGCCAUGGAAUGCCUGCUGGUUUGGAAAUACUAGCGGCUCGCAUAAACCGGAUUGAAAGUUUUCACAAA